AUGAAUGUUGGUGAUUUAAAAAGUGCUCUUGAAAGUGACAGUCUGAUGGAACAAAAUUGGGGUUUUUUCAAACUGAUUGAAAGAUUAAACAAAGCUGCAAAUGAUGAAAAAAAAAGAGCAAAAUAUAGAAUUAUAUAUUAUGAACUAUUUCAUAGUCCAAAAGAAAAUGUUUGUUCAUUAGCAUUGGAGCAUGCAAAAGUUCUUGUUGAUAAAGGAAUUUUUGAUAAAGAGUCAUUGCUUAAUGAAUUAAAAAUUGAUAUUUCACAAGGACAAAUUUCUGUAGACUAUAUAAAAACUCUUGAAUCACUUUUGGAGGACGAUAAAUAUUUAGAACAUUUAUUAUCAAUAUUUCGUGUUUUAUGUGGUAAAGAUGAGGAACAAUUAAAACUUUUAAAAUUGUUUAAAAAUAUAAAUAUGGAGCGUGCUGUAAAAUUGACGGCUUCAAUAAUUUAUGAUCAUUUAGAUGGGGCAAAAAAAGAAGAAGAUGGUUAUAUACGAGCUCCAUUACGUAGUAUAAUUGUUCAAUUGAUUCUUGAAAGAGAUGAUGAUUCUCCUUAUUUUCAUGCAUUCAUUGAAACACUUUGUGAUCAUUUUUUUACAUGUUAUUUAUAUAGAAAUAGUUUUAUAAACUUUUUAAAAAAUAGAGUUGAGAAAAAGAAAGUUAUAAGAGAGAAAUGGGCAAAAAUGAUAUUAAUGAAUUUAGAUUCUUUUCCAAAAUCAAUAUUAGAAUGUGAUCAAAUAAUGAAAUAUAAAAAUAUCAUUUUUGAUAUUAAUAAUCUUCUCAAAAAAGGAUUUAAUGAAUCAUUGUAUACAUUAAUCAAAAGUAAUAAAUAUUUUCCAUUUCAUCCAUAUUUAAAUGAUAUGUUAACACUUCAUGCAAAUAUGCACGUUAUUGGAUUUAAAGCACAUAUUAAUCAAACAUACUUUAAAGAAGAUUUUGAAAAAGAAUUACGUGGAAGUGCAACAAAAUGUAGGGAAUCUUCAAUUAUUUUACCUGAUUGGUAUGAUGGAGAAUAUUGUAAUGAAUUUGAUUAUAAUUAUCUUCUUUUGGUUGCUGAUAAUGAAUUAAAUUUAACAGAGUAUAUAAAAAAAUGUCUUAAAGUUGUUAACAAGGAAGAUUAUUAUAUUUUGGCAUGCCUUUCAAGAUGUAUAGCACCAGAUAUACUAGGUUUAUAUUGUGAGGCAUUGGUAAAUUUAUCAAAUAAAUUUUCUGAUCUCAUAUUUCAAGUAUUUUCAUUAUUUUAUCAUAUGACAAAUUAUUGUAAAAGAGAUUUGAGAUAUUACAUAAUUUUAAAAUAUGUCAUUAAAUUAAAUAUGGAUUCAAUACAUGUAAAACAAGGUGUUGAAAGAUUGUUUAGAGAAGUUUUUAAUCAUGUUGAAGAGGAAACUAGAUUACAGGGAUUAAAAUUAAUGGGAGAUUUAAAUUCAAGAGAUAGACGUUUUUUUGAUUUUUUUAAAGAUUAUUUAUUUGAUAUCAAGGUCGAUAGAAAUCAAAGUAUUGAAAUUGCAAAAAUGAAUGAAAUAGUUAGAAUUUGUAAUGAAGAUGAAAAGUCAAUUGAGUUUAUUGAAAAACUUUAUACAAUAUUAAAUGGUAAACCACCUUUAAGAAGUUUAGCUCUUAAGGCAUUAGUAAAUUUAUGUAAAAAUGAAGCCUUACCAAUAAUGGAAUUAGAAGAGAAAUUGAAACCAUUAAUGGAAUCAUUUACUGAUGAAGAUAUGUCUGAAUAUUGUCGACUACUUUCUUUAUCAACAGUUGAAAAUACUUGUGAAAAUUUUUACAAUUAUGCUAUUAAAACAUUAUGGGAAUUAAAAAAUAAUGAUGGAAAUAUUGUUCCUCAAGCAGCUUGGCUUGCAUUAUCAAAUUUUAUUUUAAAUUAUCGGUUAGAUGAUAUAUUAACAGCUAUUGAAAUUAAAUCAUUCCUACCAAUUGAUAUUCUUAAAAUUGGUAAAGUUUAUUCUGAAAAUGAAAAUUUAUAUAUAAAUAAUGAGGUAAUUGAAAAUGGAUUUGUUCCAUUUAUGAGAAAAUUAAUUAAAUAUGACUUAGAAGAUAUGGGAAGAUCACCUUAUACAUAUGUUAGAGAUGUUGAAUUUAGAAAAGAAUUUAAAGAAGUUUUUAGUCAAUUGAAUGUGGAACGUGGUAGAAUACCAGAAAAUUAUGUUGCUUUAUUUGGAAAUUUAAUUGUUAAACAUAAAGAACAAAAUAGUGAAUGGUGUAGAUUGACAAAUUAUUUUAAUUAUUUUAAAAUGAAAAUACCAAAUAAUACAAUAUGUGAUAUGAUUAAAUUUAUCAAAUAUUGUGUUUCUGCAAAACAAAUUGCCGUUCAAACAAUUGAUGCAAUUAUGGAAAAAUCAAUUAUUGAAUCAAAAGGAUUACAUGAAAUUGACAUUAAACAUGCUUUAAAUACAAUUGAUGAACAAAUUAGUGAUUUUGUUAUAAAAAGUUCAAAAUUUGUAGGAAAAUUUUUUGCAAAUGUUCCAUUAUUUUUGGGACAUAUUCAAGAGUGGGUUCGAUGUUAUCGUCAAACAACAACUGAACCUUCAUACUACAUUGAUAAUUAUAUUAUAACAUAUAAAUUAUCUGCCUUUUCAAAAAUGAUAAAUUUUUUGUUUGAUUCAAUAGCACCAGAAACAACGUUAGGUAAAUAUAAAAUAAUGAAUUGGCGUAAUGUAACAAGAACUUCUCAUGACAAUUCAUAUAUACUUUUUUCUCUUUGUGUUAUAUAUUUUAUGUCAAAUGAUGGUGAAAAACUUUUACUAGCAAGAUUACUUGAUCUUUGUCGAGGAGAAAUUAAUAAACUUUUAGAUGAUGAUGAUAAUAAUGAAAAGAUAAUACCUAAAUGGAUUAAAGAUUUAACAAAAACUAUAUUACUUGAUACUAAUAAUGAAGAUGAAUUAUGUAGUAUUAUAUUAAAUUUGUCCAAAGGAAAUUUAAUUAAUGAAAUAGAUAUGAAAAUGUAUUUUGGUGAUAAUUCAGUUUUUAAAAAUUUUGUAUGGUUAUUAGGUCUUGAUAAGGAGUAUAUAUAUAGAUUAAAUGAAAAUUUUGAAAGAAAUAUGGAACUUGAGCAAAAUAUGCUUCCAAUAUUAAAAAGCAAAAAUAUAUCACUUUUACAAAUGGCAGAAUUGAUGAGUUCAUUUAACAAACUUCAUUUAGAAAGCCAAAUAAAAUGUAGAACAGUUUUAUUUAAAAAAUUAACUAAAGUUCUUUCUACAAUUGACUAUAUAGAAAAUGAUUAUGAACUGUUAUUUGAUGAAUUAAUAAAUACUCAUGCUCAUAUUCUUCAAAUGGUGGAUGAACAGUUACCUAAUGAUGUUUCUCAUUUACCAAAUUCAUCAAUGAUUAAAGAAUUAUUAAGACUAUUAAUAGAAGCAGAAGUUGAUCAAGAAACAUUUCAAAUAUUUGUCCUACAAUGUCUUGUAGAUCAACAAAGAAGUGAUGGAAAAGGAUUACCUCCAUUAAAAUUAAAUAAUAUAUUUAUAGUAACAAAUGAUAAUGUUAUUUUAUUAUGGAAAAUUGCUAUUCAAAAUAAUGAUAAAUAUUUACUUUCAACUUUAGCAUCCGAUGAAAAUAUCCAACGACUUACAAGUAAUCAAAGAAUACAAGUUUCUGAAAUUUUUAUGAAUUACAGUUGUAAUAUUCAUUGGCUUCCAAUACCAUUUAUCUACAAAAGUAAUAUUAUAUCUCUUAUACUUGAAGAAUCAUUAAAAAAUUCUUUUGAUACAAUUGAUAUAAGAAAAUGUCUAAAUAUUGAUCCUAAAACAAAAUUAUACUAUAUUAAUCACUUCCUAGAUUAUUUCAAACCAAUCGUCACUUUUUCUGAUGUAAAUCAACCAAUAACACUUUUUAUAGCAGAUGUUGAAUUGGAAUAUCUUCAAGAUACACAGUCAUUUGAACUUAUUAGUCUUAUUAAUGAUUUAAUAACUAAAGACAUGAUGUUUGAACAAAUUGCUGGAAAAGUUUUUACUAAUCCAACACCAUUAAAAACUUUGAUCUUUCUUAACUUUUAUAGUCAAAAAGAUUUUACAAAUAUUUGUCAUAUAUUUUCAACAUUAGCACAAGCUAUCUAUGAUACCAAUGAAAUUGAUAUGGAUGAUAAAUUAUGGAAGUUAGCAAAUUUAAUUAUUAUUAGUGCAACUAUAAGUACUUACAAAAAUACUAUAUGUCUUGAAACUUCAGAUGACUCUUAUUUAGAAGAAUUACUUUACAGAUCUGUAGUUGAAUUCAUCCAUCACCUAAAUGGUAUUUAUCCUGAUAUUUUUAUUGGAUUUUUUAAUGUUCUUGAUUCUUAUUACAAUAGAACAGCCGUGGCUCCAGAAUUCUUGCCAAGUCUUCUACGCCUUUAUCUCUCAAAAAUGGGGCAUCAAGGAUAUCUACGUAUACGUUCUAGAAAUCUAUGGGAAGAAACAUGGAAAAUUUAA